AUGAAGGUCUUCUUGCUGCUCCUCUUCAUCGCAGGGCUGGUCCCCGCCGGCUGCAAUGUGCUUCAGUUUGGCUCCAUGAUCAAGGCCAAGACAGGGAAGUCAGCGCUGGCCUACAAUGGUUAUGGCUGCUACUGUGGCCUGGGAGGAUCCAAACAGCCUGUGGACAAGACUGACUGGUGCUGCCAUGCCCACGACUGCUGCUACAGGAAGCUGGCCUCUUCCCGCUGCAAUGCCAAGCUGGCCACCUACAAGUACUCCAUCCAGGGCAGCAAGAUAACCUGCAAAUCUGGGAACUGGUGCCAAAAGCAGAGCUGUGAGUGUGACAAGCGGGCAGCAGAGUGCUUCCAAAGGACAGCCAAGACCUACCGCAACUCCUACAAGAGCUACCCCAACUCCCGCUGCAAGGGCAAGAGUCCCUCCUGCUAGGCACAGCAGCACCACCAGGCAGAGGUGGUGGAAGUUAGGGGUGGAGGUUACCUUCUUUGUGGUCAAAUGGGGCACAGCACAACCCUGUGGCACCAAAAGGUUGUCCAGAGCUUUUGCCUGGAGCUGGUGCCCAGGGAAAGGUCAC